GUCCAAGUGGGACAAUUCAACAGAGGAAUGUCCCAGCAGAGGACAGCGACUCAGCAGAGGACAGCGACUCAGCAGAGGACAGCGUCCAGCAGAGGACAGCGUCCCAGCAGACAAUCAGCUGUUUUUACUUCGGACAGAGUUUGUAGACAGAGUGUCUGAUGGUGUUCUCAACCAACUUCUGGAUGAGCUCCUCGAGCGUGGGAUCAUAAACGAUGGCGAGAUGCAGUCCAUCAGAACCAACGCCAGAGCCGACAAAGCGCGAGAAGUGAUCGACACGGUGCGAAGGAAGGGACCUGAACCCAGCUCACGUCUGAUCGCUGCUCUCCGUAAGCUGGACCCAUUCCUUUCGAAAGUGCUGAAAUUAAGCUGAAGC